UAUCAACGAUUAAUCGACACACAGAUUCAAAAAAUUCAAAAAGGGCAAACUGUGGUCCAAAAUAUUACAAAAGAAAUGCUUAUUAACUUAUUUACCUUACAAAGAUUAAAAACCAAUAGAUUUAAAUUGUAAACAUCUUUUCUGUUACACUAUGAAGCCUCUGAAAAGCCCUCAGCUCUAUUGUUAGUGUUAGAUUUUACUUCCUUCUUCUUUGGCAAGUGGAUCCGUGCACGGUUUGGGUCCAGUUUCUUCUAAAGCAAUGGAGUUAGAAAGAAACUAUAACAACAGAUGAAAUGGAAAUGCGCAAUAAUCAUAAAGAUGAUGGGAGUAUCAAUUUUUUGCCUGUCAUCACCAAUUUUGGCAACGAAGAAGUGUAUCUCAAAAUUUCACAAGAAAUUGAAAGAUGCCUGCCUUUGAAGCCUUACAUAUGGAAGAGGGAGGGAGAAAGCACAACAAACACUGUCUGUCUCAAAGCUGCGCUUGAGACAUUCAGUACAGAGCAGCUGACUGGAACAAUAGAUGGCUUUGUGACAAAACGACCUCUUCUUCACCUGUACUGGACAACCUGCUCGGAAAACAAAGACUACCGGCAUGGAACAAAACAAAAGAUCGAACAUUGGAGAAACCAUUUAAAAUCAUGCAGCAUCAACGAUUGGUUGAUAAUUUACGUUAAAAAACAGUCACGAAGAAGGAUGACUCGUUCAAAGGAUAUUGUUUAUGAACAUUUAAAAGCCGAUUUUGGGGAUGAAGAUGAAACAAUAAGAGUUGCUCAGCUAUGGGAGCCAAGGAAAGCAGUGGACUCUUGCUGGGAAGCUCUCAUGACAAGGAUUCGACAAUUGCUGUGGUCUUCAAUUAAAAAUCAUCUUAUAACAGUUGAUGAUAGGCUACAAGAACACAAACAGAGGCAUCUGGAGCCAACAUGGUCGUUUCUUGAAUAUUUACAGCUAAGUGAGGAGGUGGCCGGUAUUUAUAACUUCGCAGCACACUAUCAAGAGUCGUUUGCUUGUUAUGAAGAGCUGAAGUCAUUCAUUUCCCAAAUGUUGUCUGAGCAAGACCAUAAUGGAAAUCCAUCUGUGAUGAGACGGUGGACGAAGACACCUUUUUGUUGGGAUGGAAUAUCGCUUAGAUACGAAGCAAUUGUGUAUCACCGUGAUGUUGUUUAUGGCGGAAAAGCAUCGAUAUUGGAGCUCAAAAAUUACAUUUCCAUACGACAAUGGCAGUUGCUUCUGAGCAUGGGGAAAAGAUUGGAGGUUCCAUCAAAUUUUCUGAUGUUUUUAUUAACAACGGUGCAUGAGACGAAACUUCUCCUUACUGGCCUUUCUGUUUGUGUUCCUGCCUGUUCGGUUGUUUCAUCUUGUCUCGAAUACGUUAGUUGUAUCGGAGAGGAAGAGAUGUCAGACAACACCGUAAUCUCAUAUUUGGCACAGCUAUUUGAUUAUGCUCGGGAAAAGCUUUAUUCGAUUGGGGAAGAAUGUCAUCUACUUCCAGGCAAACAGCCUGUUGAUGAUAUGUUAAAGGAACUAAGUUCGGGGCUUUGCAUCAGCCAACAACUUCAUGAAGACACAGAAACCGGCUCGAAAAUGCUAAUGGCAACAAUUAAUUCUCAGGAGAUUUUCAGUAAAAGGUACAUAGCACUCUGCGGAAAGUCAAAGAGGUUUUAUGAAAACUGUCGUAGAUUUCGAUGUGCAAAGAGAGUUUCUCUUGAUAUGGCAAGAUAUUUUUACAUGCUGGAGAAGUAUGACUUUGCAGUGAAUGAGUUGAUGGCUACUCUAAAUGAAUAUCGCUUGUCAGGUUGGGAAAUUCUGCAUAUUAAUGUAAUGGAACUGCUCGCUGCAUGUCAUCCAGAUGGAAAAUCACUUGAUCUUUAUCUAUCCACGCUAGGCCAUCUCUCUUGUACAAAAAUUUUGUCUGUUGAUAAACGUUUGUCGUAUGCCGAUAUGUUUUUGACAAACUGUUACCAGAAAACUGAAGGCGUAUUAAGUAUAAGUUUGACCUCAGUCAUCAACAUAGAGCAUGUCCGAAUCGAGCUGAGUGGCGGCCUAAUUCAUAUCGGGGAGAAAGUUAAUGUUUUUGUGACCCUGCAAAACAAUAUGCUUAAAGAUAUCAAUGUAGAGGAUAUUGAGAUUAUAGCUAAGUGCUCAAAAGCAAAGAAAUCUGGAUCAUCAAAGAAUCGUGCAGCAACUAGAAAUCUCCCCACUAAACCAAGCGAAACAGUCUGGACAGAACUGCUUGCAACCGAAAGAGAAUCACCUUCCGUUACGGUUAAGCGAUCUCGGUCUGAACAAGGAAAGAGUCACGAUAACGAGGCUCAAGAUAAUGUACAAUAUAAAUUCGAGACUGACGUUCAACAGAGCGAGGCUGUAGGUACAAACUCAGAUUCAGAAUCUUCCAUAGAGGAUGACAGCAAAUCUGAUGAAAUCGAGAUAACGCAAAGUGGUUGUAGCGAAAGUCAAAUAGAUGAAGCCUCUGACAAUGUAUUAGAAGACAAUUCCGUUUUUGAAAUGGAAGAUAGCACUCCUAUCGUUGUAGAAGAGGAAAGAGGUAGCACGUUGGUAUCAGGUCCCAAAAUACUGAAAGUCGGUGAGAAUAUUAUCAAACUGACAGCCAAGGUGGAGCGUAUUGGAAAAUAUUAUUUGCAUGAUCUUCGUUGCAAGAUUGGAAACACUGUCUUGUGUGAAAAACUUGACCUGCCUCAAGAAUCAAACUCUUUCCUAGUGGUAGCAGAUCCGCCAAAGUUUAGAUGGACUUCAAACCUUCCCACUGAAUGCGGGGUUCUUGGAAUAAAGCAGAGAAUGCGUAUGACAGUGACAAAUGGUCCAGGAUUUAUUCCCAAUUUAUCUGCAGUGCAAUUGUCGUCCUCUUCUGGAUUGAAAUUUAGUUCUUUACAUCAAAGCUCCGUAAUAGUGAGGUCACGGAACCAAACCACAUCUGAAACGAAAUGUGCAAUGAAUAUUGCCGUCGAUUGUUCAAAGCCGAAUGAAGCUGUAAUAAAUUUGCCAGAAUGCAGACCAUACGAGGACAUUGAGAUGUACUUUGACGUUACAACGUUGAAACCAAGUGAAGACUUGAACGACGGUUACACGGAAAAACAUAAGGUUGAGUUGACAUGUCUUUGGCUAUCAGAACUGACAAAUGCAAAAGCAACUCUCGAAUGCAUAUUUGGAAAACCAUUUAUUAUUGAGCAACAAAGGCUGUUCAGCAAUUCAGGGAACUACAUUUGCACAAGGCUGAAGAACCCGAAUGCUUUCCCUAUCGACAUCUUUGACCCAACAUUGCAAGGACCAAACUCCAAGAACAUUUCCUUCAGGUGCACUACGCAACAGAAACAAAUGGAAAUCCCUGCUGAAGGUGAUCUGAGCAUUAUUUGGAGUAUUGUUGACACGAAUGACGAGUAUGAGCCAUGUCCAAAAUUGAAAUGUCGACUGAAUGCGAAAUUCAAAACCAAGGAUCAAGAUGAAACGGGAAAUUUCAGUGAGUGCUUUGACAUCGCAUAUUCAAAACCACUUUUUGGAGUGACUACAUGCAUAAAAGCUGGAGAGAAUGGAUUUUUGGUCCAGGGCAUGUCAUAUACAAUGGAAGUAAUAAUAGCAAAUAUGAAUAAAUUGCCACGAAGCUACUUGAAUGGAAAACUAUUUUACAAACUUGUUAAAAGCGAGCAAUGGGAAUUUGAUGAUGAUGAAUGCAGAAAAUCAGAAAUACAAGAUGAGUACUGUCAUUUCAGUUUUACAACAUCGGUGACUCCUUGUCAAAGUGGGCAGCUACGUCAUCCCGAGGUGUCCUUGUCUAAAAAAUUAGACGAUUCAAUGCAGAUGAGAAAGUUCCGUAGUCGAUCCAGCUUGAAGAGCAUGAGCCUUUCGUCAAGUAGAAGAACGUCAGCGAUACUUUCUGAUGGAAUGGAUAUGCCUUUUUCCUUUGGUGAAAUUGUCCACACAGAGUGCGCCAAGGUUUUAAAGGUCAUAUGUAACAGCAAAGAGGCUCCAAAUCCUGAGAAUCUUAUCAACCAAUAUGUGAAUGAUGAAGGAGUAAUCGACGCCGUUGUUUUGGAAACGAUUUCUUCGACAGAAAGACAGAGACAGAACCAUAUUCACGAGUUAAUCAACACCGAAAGAAACUACAUUUAUGAUCUGAAAGCUACACUGGAGGUUUUCUACAAACCUAUGGCAGAUGCUGGUAUUCUAUCAGAAGAUGAAUUGAGGACAGUUUUCAUAAACUUAAAGGAAGUUGUUUUCUGUAAUAUGAAGCUAUUAGAGGCGUUGAUGAAGCGAAAAGAAAUGUCGACGGACAAUGUAGUUGAAGUAAUUGGCGAUAUUCUAAUUGAGCAGAUCCCUAGAUUCACACCGUAUUUAGAGUUUUGCAGCUGCCAGAUGAAAUCAUGUAAAUUUGUACAAAGAAAAAGCAAAACUGUGGAGUUUGAUGAAUUUGAAAGGAAAUGCACCGUGGACAAAAGAUUGCGACAAAAACUCCCACUGAACAGCUAUCUUGCAAAACCAAUGCAAAGGAUUACAAAAUAUCCCUUGAUUAUAAAGCAGAUAAUAAAAUACACACCAGAAGACCACAGUGAUCGUGGGAACCUUGAGCAAGCCUUGAGUAAGAGUGAAGAGCUUUGUUCAAAGGUAAACGAAAACAACAGAUUGAUUGAGAGUCUGAGUAUGUUGAACUGGCUUCAAGUUCAUGUGGAUUUGCAAGGUCUUGGAGAGACUUUGGUGUUCAAUUCAGAGACAAAAUAUGUUGGUCAAAGGACUUGUUUGCACCAUGUUACGCUCUAUGUGCAUGGAUGCAAUGAAGAGCUCCGGGCAUUUUUAUUCAAUGACUUUUUGCUAUUGACAAGAUACGAUGUAGCUGGUCGUAUUGAUACAGAUUUAACUGAAAAUUCUGAGGCAAAAACUAAACCUGAUUGUUUCAUUUAUGAAAAGCCAAUAUUGUUGGACAAGUCUCUUGUUGUCAAAUUGCCUGUUGCUACAGAAGCCGAGGACACCUUGUUUUGUCUAAUAAGCAAUGGUGUGACGCACGAACUACGAGCCGAAAGCAAGAAUGAAAGAAAUAUGUUGCUAACGAAGUUGAAAGAGGCGAGAACCCUGUUCAUUGAGAAGGAGCGACUCCAAGUAGCUGAGAAAGGCUCGACCAAUGUACCAUUUACGAUCAUUGAUGGAACGAGCAAGAUUACUCUUGUCGUUGUCGAAGGCUUCUGUGUGGAUGAUGAUACUUCAGCGAAUAAAUCGGACCUCUAUUGUCAAGUAAGGCUAGGGCAGGAACAAAAUCACAGAACUCCGGUGAUGUUCAGCACAUCAAACCCAAAAUGGUUUUCAAAAAUGGAAUUUUAUGUCCAAAACAAGGAAGAUGAUAUUCUGGAAUUGCAAGUCUUUAACCAUAAUUUCUUUUCACCUGACGAUUUCUUCGGAAGUAUAGCAGUAUCAGUUUCAAGUUUAGUGGAAAAUGGGCCUUGCACCAAAAAGUUGUUCUUCCAUCAGAAAAAAGUUGGUGGUAUUGUUGUGAGGGCUUCAUUGAACAGUUCCUAGGGUAUCUUAAUGACUAUUAUAUAAACAUGUUGUAAGUUUGUAUAUUUUGAGCAAUGAUAAGAUAUAAUGAUUGCUUCGAAAAUGCAAUUUGAAAACACGAAAAAAUUAGUAGAUUUGAAGGCUUUUAAAAGCAUUUUAUAAAGUGUUAGCAGCUUAAAAAGCAUUUCAACUGUUAUUAAGGGAAGAUAAUUUUUAUGUUUCCUUUAAAAUGUAUUCUAUAACUGAUAAAAUCAUGCUUAGGUCCUGAGUAAAUUGACUUUUUUGUAUAUAAAGUAGUUCAGCAGUUCAAUUUAGAAUGUAAAGGUCCGUUUCCUGAUCAAUUUGCUACAUUACUCCUAGCACCAUCAAAUUGUGCUAGAGUGAAAAUGACACGUCUCCUGCAAGGUCCAAAUUUAGAAUCGCAACUGAAAUCACCCGUGGGAAUUGAGUGCCUUUGCGUUCUACCAAGAUGCAGUCUACGGAUUCUGCAAACAAUCUUUUGGUGGUAUUAUACUUGAAAAUGGCUUUGAAUAAAGCAAACAAAGCAAAGCCAUUUACGGAUUCUAGUAAAGUUUUCAGGCUUCCUAGACCAGCAGGUGGAGGACCAUAGAAAUAAGAAUUUACCGACGAAAAUAUAAAUGAUUGGAUAAAACACCCCGUAUACCCUCGUCAGAUAAGCUCCUUUCCGCCGUGCACACAAACAAAAUAAAAUGCAUAGGAACAUUUGUAAAGCAAAUGUCUUUGACACUUAUCGCACUAGUCUGCAAAUUCCAUCCGUGGAAAUCGACCCCUCAUUCACUGUCGCUCGUCUCGAUCGAUACAUAACGAAUUAUAGGCAAGUUUUCUGUGUAGUUUCAGUUGGUUCAUGCAGUGUUGAAGAGGGGAAUGAAAAUUUCAGGGUAAACAAAGUUUUCGAAAUCGUCACGUCCAUUCCUACACUGGGUGCAACAGCCGCGUAAAAUCGCGCGUGGAAAUGGCAAAGAGGGGGGAGAAGCGGAGAAGCGGAGAAGCAUGUGAGAGGUCCUUUUUGAAUGUUAACGUUAAUAACGUCAGCAUCAAUGCAAACAUUGCGAUUAUUUAGUAUAUGAUUUUACAUUUGAUUUAAACAAAUCUUUAAUGUCAUAAAAAUAACAAGCUUUUAAUUUAUACCGUGUAUUUCACUUUAAUAAUAAUAUUAUCUUCGAAUGUGUAACAUUUUUUAGUAUGUAACUCCAGGACUGCGCAUAGCAGCAUUAAGUAUUUCGUGUCGUGUUUGUUGUGUUUAAAAACCGAUUUAUAAUACACUCAUUUUAUAAAAGAAACUGUUUGCAAGAAACCAAGCCCCAAGAUGACCAAAAGUUAAGAAACCAUGCUACCCCCAGCCUUAAAUUCUUUUCGACGAUUAGGCAACUCUUUCCUGUUUAAUUAAUGAACAUAGAUAAAUGGAAAGAAGAGCCCCUCGUGACUUUUAACACGCUUUUUUACAAGAACAACCCCCAGAAGAAACUUCGAGCUGAUAUUUGCCCAAAAAUAAGAACUACAUAAGAAACAAGGCAAGCUGAAAUUCAGCAAAACUCAAGAAAUAAAUACCAGAAAGAAUUUAAAGAUGAAAGAAUAGCUAAGAGAGCGAUAAGCAAAAGGCAUUAAUUACUUUAUCAAGCACAAGUUAUGUCCGGACACUACUAUGCCCGCGGAAUUUCAUUUAAGAAAUAAGAAAAAAGGUUAAAGACGUUAGGAUGAAUUCCUGCGAAAAAAUAAGAAACGCCAGGCUGAAUCUAGAAAAAAGCGUGUAGGUGUCUAUCUCAUGUUAUCUGGUGUUAUCUCAUGUUAUCCCAUUUUAUCUCAUGUUACGUUUUUAUGUUUCUAAAAGUAACUCGAUAGCAUUUGAGAGACUAUUAGCAUUGAAAUAAGCAAAAUGGUUAAGAACCUGAAUGCUAAUCCCAGGCAAAAUGGGUGUACAUCAUAAAUUUUGACGUUUUAUGAAAGUAAAAUUAAUCAGCCAGUUAGUUAGCGUAGCUAUAUCAAUUAAUUUUUUCCCUUUCAUUGCAAUUUAAUAUAUUAUAAAUAUGUUUAGUUUAUUCUAUUUACAGCAAUGGGAAUUUAAAGAUAUUGUUGAUUUCAUAAAGGUGGUAUCAAUUUGGUCAAUGUGUAA